AUGUAUGCUAUAGAAGGACUGGAAGUCAUCAUGACUCUACGAUCAUUACAAGACGAGCGUCCAGACAUUACUAUGACAUCUUUCGAUGAAGGAGAUAGUGAAAUUACUGAUGUUGAUAUUGAUCCAGCAUUGUUCAAUGUUCAGUCACAAUCGCAACAAGAAAUAUCAAUACCGGAUAGCCCUGUGCCAAUUAAACGAGGAGUUAAUUUGAUGGAUUUGCUUUCUGGAAAUAAGAAGAAGAAGACAAGAUUAGAGAAUAGAGAUCAAUCUAAUGAGAAUGUCGAGGAGGUUAAUCCAAACAAUGAAGAUCUGUUACAAGAAAUUGAGGUUAUCAACCUGACAAGCACAAGUAUCUCUCCUGAUCUGGAUAGCGAUAUCCUUAGUGAGCCCGUGGAUGAAGAAGUGAAAAAUACAACAUUUGAAUUAGAAUCGAAGAUAUACGCCAAUGCUACGAAACGCACCACUGCUAAGGAUUUGUUUUCAAGUUUUAACCAGCAACCUAAACACAAACCGACAAUUCCUACCCUUGAUCCAGAACCAAUAGAAAUUGACGAUAGACCAACCACAUCUGAGAUUGAAGCUAAGAUAACUUCAACCAAGAAGAAGCUUUCCGCUAGGGAUAUUUUAAACCUACAUAAAGACAAAAAACCAAAUAUCCAACCAUCUAAUCAAGAAAAUCAAAGCAAACAUUCGAAUGAGGUUAUUGAAGCAAAGAUGUUUACAAAUGCCAAACGAACAACGGCCAAAGAUUUGUUCAAGCUGUUCAAACCACCGCCUCCACCCAAGUUGGAAAUCACACUCAAUAUAAAACCCGAUAAGCUACGUGGAAUAAAAGUGCGACACAAGAGUGUUAUUGAAGUAAUGAGUGAUGAGGACGAAAUAAGCAAUAAUGAAACCACCACGAGAAAGAGAACAACGGCUAAAGAGCUACUAGGAGGACUUGUGUCGGUCAACAAAUCACAAAAGAAGCCUUCACUUUUCAUAACCUUGAAAAUUAAUCCAAUUGAAUUGUCCAAGAUAAAGGACUAUGAUAAUCCGUUAAAAACGAAAGGUAAUCUUACUGUAGGAGCUUCAUUCUCGAAGACUGGGAAAUGUUCAUCCAGUGUAUUUGCAAGUAUGAUGCAAGCUUCAAAGCAAUCACUGAAGCUUACUGCUUUGCAAGGUUUGAAUGAGUUACCUUUACCGGAUUUAACCAGGGAUCAAUUCCAUGUAUUUGUUGAAGAUGAGGUUCCGGAAUGCAUAGAGUUCCCAUUCUCUCGUAGGGAAAGAAACCGGGGAGAUUUGAAAGUUUCAGGAAUGGAAAGAUUUAAACUUGAUGAAGAGAAAUUACAUAGCGAACAUUUGAUCCAUACCAGUUUCGAAAUAAAAACGAAUAUAUCGAGGCGCGAAUAUGCCUUAGAAAGACUACCUGAAUUACUCGAUGCACCUGCUUUGGCAGGUCUUUAUGAUCGAUUCCUUAAAGACGAUGACAUUCCAACUAAACACAAUAUCCUCUGGGUCGAUCAUUUCAAACCAUUGAAAAUGGAGGAAUUAUUAAUGCACCCCAAGAAUAUCCGUGAUAUCCAACUCUGGAUCACCAAUUCAUUCAAUAAACUCAAAUCCCAAUCGGGAGACCGGUUGAAAAACAUGAAGAAAAUGAUCAAAAAACGGAAACAACAACAGGAUUCUUUUAUAGUAUAUGAUGAUUUUGAAGAUGGUACAACUGAAGAAGAAAUAUUUCUGCCGUUUUUGAUCCUACAAGGUUCUCAAGGUUCUGCAAAGUCGUCUUCGAUCUAUACGGCGAUGAGACAAAUGAAUGGAUAUGUACAUGAAAUAAACAGUGGAAUGGCUAGAGGUAGGAAAGAUAUUUAUAACAGUCUUAAAGAAUUAUGUACUACCCAACUCGUUCAUAAUAAUGAUACUAAUGAAUUUCAAAAGGGGAUAGUUUUAUUAGAAGAUGUCAAUGUUUUGUUUGAACAAGAUAAGACAUUUUGGCAAGUUGUGCAAGAUAUUGUCAAUAUUUCUAAAAGACCGAUUGUAUUGACUUGUGAGGAGCUAUGGAAUAUACCCAAGAGUUUGAUUCAGUUGGCGGAAGAGGAUGAUUCGAUUAUUUUUAUUGAUGAUUAUCCUGUGCCGAAAGAGUGCAUUGUUCAGUAUUUGUGGUUGUGCUGUUUAUGCCAAGGGUAUGAUGUGGAUUGGAAAUUGCUUGAAACUAUGGUGGAUGAAAAUCGCGGACAUGAUGGUUCGGGUGGUUAUGAUUUACGGAAAUGUUUAAUGGCUUGUGAGAUUUUGUGCAAAGUUGAACAUUGCGAAGAUGGAAUAGUUGUGAUCAAUGAACUGACAGAAAUACAGGAAGCAAAGAAGAAGAACAUUGAUAGUCUUGAGGCAUUAGCCAAUGUUUUAGAAGUCCAAUCAGCGGUUGAUGUCAUCAAUACUGGUUCGAUAUCGCAGAUUGGCCAUGAAAUUCAACCAAAUGAAUUGGCGGAUAUAUAUUACAUUGAUGAUACAAGUAGGUUAAAACAGAAAACAUUACCAUUUGAAUUAAAUAUUGGAGACCAACUAGAAACCCAUAUACGAAAUUCCUACAAUAAUAUCAAAACCUAUAUUCCCGCUCCUAAAUAUUCUCGAAAUGAUUUACGUUAUGAAUGUAAUACAUUUAUAGGUUCUCGAUCAAAGAAAGUGCCAAGAUACAUAAUAGACUUCAAUGAGAAUCGGAGAACAUUGAGAUCUUCGAGUGAACCAUACGAACUGGAUGCAUGGACUCCUGAACCUACUGGUAUUCCGGAUACUUCAUUCUUGAAUCAUAUUCCACAUACAGCAUUUAUACUUGAUUUAUUGCCAAUUGCAAGAUAUUGGGAAAGAUAUCAAAAGAGUAUAAAUAAGUUCGAGAAAGAGGCAAUUGAAAAUGGUAGAGAAAGUGUUAAGAAAUUCUUGAAUUAUCGGGAUUUUCAAUAUGCCAAAUCCAAUUUGCGUAGCACAAUGAUAGGAAAAAAGAACGAUAUAUAG